UCCCCUUUCUCUGUCUCUGAGCUGAGGGGAGGGGAUAGCAGCUAAGGGCUAGUAGCGCCCCCCCCCCCCCCCGUCCAUUAACUGACAGCGGCUUCGGCCGUGUCCUUCAGCAGGAGAGGGGGAUAUAGAGCCUUUCAUGGGUCAGACGUCCUGACGUGACGACGGAGCAGAGGCCUGGUAAUGGAAGCGGGGAGGGACGGAAUGACACAGGGACCUGGGCAGCAGCAGGUCCUGCACAGGCAAUCCUAAGGGGGCGGUGGUUCCCCUCUUCUUACUGUCUUUUAGGGCAGGGGCGCCUCAGGUUAACCAUACCUGAGGCGCCCUUUAUUUUAUCCCCCACCCAUAAUAAGCAGCCAUCCGUGAUUGUGUGUCCUUUGCGCUCCUGGAGCUUGGAGCUGCAAAUUCCAACGGCUUCGGGGGCCUCCAGCAUCCCAAACACGAAGUUAGAUAGGAGGCGUCGGUGGUACACUGGCAGCAGCGGCGGCUACCUGGGCCACGAUCGUCCUAGCGAGUGGGGACUGACGGCGAGCAAGGAAGAGAACUGUCGGCAGGGCAGGCUGAGGGCAAGGGGGGCUCAGAGCCUUAGAUGGCGAGGGGACUUCUUGCGGGGUCUGUUCCCUGCACCUGUCGUUCUAGAGACGGCGGGGCAUGAAUCUGGCGCAGCCCGGGGGCCAGGAGGAGGAGGACGGCGGCGAAGGAGAAGAAAACGGUAUGGAGCCGCCGCCGCCGGACGAAGCCCCGGCCGCGUUAGUUGAGUGCCUGCUGAACGAAAAGGAGAAAGAUGCCGGUGGCCUCCACAGCUGGGAGCAGAGCCUGAGCCCCGAACUGCAGCAGGCUUAUCGCAUCCUGAGCGAGUUUUUGCUGGAAAAGCACCGGCCACUGACAGCGCCUUUUCUGAAGCCCUUGGAGGGCCAAAGACCUGAGGACGGACCAUGUGAAGUCGCCUUUUCCUCCUACCAUGAAAGUAGAGGGCAUCCGUCUCCUCAAGAACCUCAGCCGCUGACGUUACUGAAGAUGGAAGAGAAGUUUUCUGUCGGGCAAUAUACAGGGAUCGCGGAUUUCGUUGCCGAUUUUCGAUUAAUGCUGGAGAGCUGCUAUCGGUUGCAUGGUGUGGAUCACUGGCUCUCUAAGCAGGCCCAAAAGUUGGAGAUGAUGUUGGAACAAAAGUUGGCGCUGCUAUCUCGGCAUUUAAGAGAGAAGACAGCAAUAGCAGUAACAUCUAAAGGGUUCUAUGGGCUGGAAGAUGAGAAGGGAACAGCUUGUGCUUCAACAAGGCGUCGUUCUACACCACGCAGUUUAGCAGGCUUGACCACAGGCGUGUUUGAAUCCAUAAUGGUUCAGGUUCUGAGACAGGAAGAGCAACUGAGAGCCAAAGAAGAAAAGAGACAUCGAGAACAAGAAAGAAAAGAAGCAGAGGAAGCUAAUCACAAAGAAAUAGAAGAAUGGGAGAAAUCUCUCCUAGGUCAAGCAGCACCCACUCGAAUGGAAUGCAUGUGGGAAAUUCCAGCUAUUGGUCACUUCCUUUGUUUAGCACAGCAUAUUUUAAACUUGCCCGAAAUAGUCUUCUAUGAGUUAGAACGCUGCCUUCUAAUGCCACAGUGUAAUGCUUUUUUAUCUAAAAUAAUGACCUCUUUGUUAAGUCCUCCUCAUCGGAGAUCUACCUUGCAUCGAAGGCCAACUCUUUCUUACAGCACUUGGGAAGCAGCACUUCGACAAAAAGUACAGCAGUGGUAUACAGCUGUAGGGCAAACUGACAAUCCUGACAGCUGUGCUGAAAAACUUGGUCUUUGUCCUCAAUUUUUUCAGGUUCUUGGAGAAAUUAAUCCUUUGGAAGAAAAAGCAUUUCAUGAGCUUCCAUUUCGCCAAAAAGUGUGGCUGCUAAAGGGCCUUUGUGACUUUGUGUAUGAAACCCAAAAAGAUGUCCAAGAUGCUGUACUUGGACAGCCUAUCCAUGAAUGCAGAGAAGUGAUUCUAGGUUAUGAUUACUUAGAAAAUGCCUAUGUUCAUUUCCCACAGUUCUGUGGUGCAGAUGUCCGGAUUUACAAACAGAGGCCUUUUCAUGCCCCUGAGUUUCCAGGUCCAUCUAUCAAGGUAAAAAGAGUUCCACGCAUUAAACUGGAAAAAGUGAAAUGUGAAUAUGCCACCAAGAGCAAUGGGGAAGUUAGAUGUGGUGCUAAAGAAGAGCUGCUGUCUCAUGCAAAGGCAGAGCCCAGGACAAGUCUUUGUUCAGCAAAGAUCCAUUUAGACCAUUUGAGUGUUGCCCCAGAAAAAGAAAUGAAAUCCAGAUGUGAAGAGAAAAUUCAUAAGGGCUGUGACUUUACAACAGACUGCUGUAAAGAAAAUAGGGAUCAAAGCAUUGUUCUGGGAGAGAAUGCUGACAUUGGGGGGCCUCUCAGCCCAGGAGAAAUCAGGAUUGUGGAGAAUGGGGGAAAAUGUGAUGAAUCUUCUGUAGUGAAAACUGAGGCUACUCUGUUAAAAGAGAACACUCUUAAAACCUGCCAAAUGCAUGUGAAUGGGAAUCACACUGAUAAUUCAGCUAUGAAUAGCUACAAAAUUGCUCGAGAAGUAAAUUCAGUAAAAAAUAGCAAAACACUAAAGCUUAGUAAAAUGCGAGCAAAAAAGAAGAAAAAGAAAAAAAAGAAACUGAAAGAUAUUUUAAGUGAAAAGCUCCAGAGGAAGCGUGAGAUUCACCUUCACUCCCUGAAAUCUUAUAAGCCUGAGAUCCAGAAUAAGUUGCUCAUGAUGAAAAAGAAAGUCAAACACAAGAAGCACAAAUCUGGAAAGAAAUCUGUGUCUAAAAAAGCAAUUACAAAGAAGAGAAAAUCUAUUACGAAGCCAGCUGUUCCAGAAUUUCAGCUUAUUUGCACUAAUCUUGACGAACUCAGGGAUUUAAUUAGAAAAAUUGAGAAUGAACUCAAAGAUGUGGAAAACGUUAAAAAGAAAUCGGGAAGGUGGUAUCAUCGAAAGCAAGCUGUAAAGGAGUUACACUGUACCCUGAUACGACUGCUAAAUGAAUUGUUACCAUGGGAACCAAAACUAAUGAAGGCUUUUCAAAGGAACAGGUCUCGACUUAAAAAGGAUUAUGAUGACUUCAGAAGGCAGCCAGACUAUGACAAAUUUACCAGAGAACAGUGGACUAAUGAAGAUUGUGAAGUAAAUUCUGGUAAAGAAAUCUCCAGUACAUUAACAAGUGAAUCUUCAGAGCACUCUGAAUUUCUGAAAAGGGAUCACACUGACACAGAGCACAUGAAACUGACAGAAAUGGAUCUUGUUGCCAGAAAAGCCAGGCCACUAAGAAAAGAAUUAUUUUGUAAAGAAAUACAGAAGAUAUUGCCUAAAUCUGUUAAGCGACAGUCCAAGCAAAACAGCUACCUAGAUGAUAGCACAGAAGAGUUUUUGCCAAGAAAGAAACUGAAAUUAAGCACAAGUGAUACUGCAGUCCAAGGCAUAGAAAGUGAGCUGUCAGUUGAUAGCUGCCUGAAUAAACUAAAACAAAUAGAGUCCCCAUUUUCAGAAUCGUUGGAUGUGACAGACUCCGUAACAUCAAUCUCAAGCAUAACAAAAGGGACAAAACCUAUCCAGGCUUUACUUGCUAAGAAUAUUGGUAACAAAGUGACCUUAACUAGUCAGUUGCUACCCAUUCCAUGUAGAAGCAUUGCUGCCUCUGAAAAGUUGAUAAUGUCAACUACUGGUUCUUCCUCAGUCAGUCCAGUGCUAUCCAGCCAGGCCAAUUCAAAAAACCCUUUACAGGUGUUGUACAAAAUGCCAGGAGGUCCCUGUGUGCCAAUAGACUUGCAUAACAAUUCAAUGAACAUUCAGGUUCAGCCUGCAGUUGACUGUAAGCCAGGAGAGAAAGCCACAGGAGAAAAAAUCAUGCAGCAAGUUCUCAUUUUGCCUAAAAAAUUUCUCAUCCAUCAUAGAGAAACCAAAAGCAUGGCAAAAGAUAUCCUGUCACUGCAGCACAAGACUACAGAUCAGCAGUGUAUCUCUCUUCCACAGCCAAUGGCUAUCCACACUACUUUAGAAACCUCCCUUCCAGCUUCCUCUGUAAAUGCUGCUGCCACAUUUCUGCCCAUCUCAGACUUCAAAAAGAAUACUACACAUUUGCCCCCUGGGGGCAGUGCAGUAAAGAGACUUCCAGUGUUGCCCUCCAUAACUUCCACAGGUAGUGUACAGACAUCAGUGGUAAAAAUUAGCCAAAGUGAGAAUACUAAAACAAAGACUGUAGUUUCAGCGGCCUCAUUGCCUAUCACUUCACCCUCUGAUUCCUCGACAAUUCAGUCUUUGACAACACCUCUCCAGCAAAAUAUUUCUGCAGGCACCAGUAGUUCUUCCUCAAGACUAGCAUCUCUGCAAAAAAGCAAUGAGGUUGGUGAAGCUAAACAAGAACUGAAAACUGUCUGUAUCAGAGAUUCACAGUCUAUUCUUGUUCGGACGCGUGGUGGGAACACAGGAAUUGUUAAAGUACAGACCAAUACAGAUCACUGUUCUCCAAGUAAUUUAGCUCCAAGUUCUGUGUUCACUUAUACACCUCAGCUUCAGGCAUUUUUAGUGCCAAAAACCACACAGUUGACAACCUCUGCUUUUGCACCUGUUACAACUGCCAUGCCCAAUUUCUCAACACUUGUCCAAUCCUCUCUAACAACUUCAGCUUCCAUUCCAACUCUUCCUGCUGGUGUGAAUCAGGUAAUGGGGAAAAACAUGACGUGUGCAUUUGGGCAGUCUCAUAACAGUGGCACAAUUGGUCGUGGAAUUCAAAAAUCAGGACAUGUUUCCUCACCUACCUUCUUGCCUCCUAUGUCAUCAUCUAACAUUGUUAUGCCCACGUUGCCAAGUAGUUCUGGAAAUGCAGUUGGCGUUCCUCCAGGAAAUAUUGGGCACAAUACCUCUGGCAUUACCCAGACCCCUUUUAUUAAUCCACAAGUUGAUGGCAAUAGUACACAACAUCAUACUACUCAGCCUGAGACCACAACCACAACCAGUGGUAAUCUGAUGUGUGGUGCUCAAAUGCCAAAACUUAUGUUAGUCACAAAUCCACCCAUUCUUUCUUCCUGUGGAACAGCAGGAGUCAACUUAAUCCCUACUCCAACAUCUACUGGCCUUAGUGCACAAAAACUGGUUCUUAUUAAUACUCCAUUUGCCAAUAUCCAGUCAACCACCAAUUUAACUGCAGAAUCCUUUAAGCAGGCCUUUCCUCCCACAAUGAGCAAAACAUAUGUUAAAAGCACAGAGCAGCCUCAGUUAGUUCUCAUUCCUUCUGUUGGGGCUUCGCUAAAAGUAAAUACAUCAUCAACUGUUUCUCAAAUUAAAGAUGUAAAAAUUGGUGUUAAUAUUGGUCAAGCCAUUAUAAAUAGCACAGGUAAUGCACAGAAUGUUCCUCCAAUUAACAUAAUGCAGUCUGCAGCUCCUAAAGACGGGGAGGAGAAAAAUAGCCAGAGUAUAGUUUUGCCAUUGUCAACAAGUGGUGGUUUGUCUCCAUUAACUUCAACGGUGGUGAGUCAGAGUAUUACAUCAGUCAGCGAGUCUCCGAUUGUUGCAGCACAAGUACUAAGUACACCUACAGCAGCAAAUGCAUGUUUAGAUUCUGCUUCAGUGACAUGGAGUAGAACUUCUACUGGAACACGGCCUACUGUUUUGGUUGGAGGAAUAGAUACUUCAACAAAAGUAACACCUGUUCCAUCUACCCGAUUGCGUACUUCUAAUGCUGGAAAUACUAUGGCUAUAUCAACUGUAAAAACAGUACACCUGGCUUCAUCUGUGCUGAUUUCAAGUACUCAACCAACAGUAUCUCACCCAAGUUUAUCAUCUACUUUUCAGUUACCAGUGACAGUUGCCUUGCCUGCACCUGUGAAUGGUGCCCCUAAAGUAAUACAUACAGUUCCUCAGUUGCCAGUAGUUCCAACUUCUGCACAUUGUACACCCCCUUCAAAAGGACAACAGUCUACAGUGAUCAACUUUCAGCCUUCAGGAAUUUCAGCUACCAUGCCAACAAAUGGAAGUGCUCAAAAACCACAGACUGUAUUGCCACCUAAUCCACCAAAUGCAGGUAAAGUAAUUAGUCUUUCAAACGUAGUUCCUUUGCCCUGCCCACCACUUCCCCCUAAUUUUGUAAAGCCAGCUCCUGCUCUCAGUUGUGCCCCAGUUGCCUCUACCACUCAUAUGGCUCCAGUUUCAUCUGUAGCAACAGGACAGCUGAAUGAGUCUUGUGUUCAACAGAAAAUAAUUAUUAACACCUCUACACCUUUGGCACCUGGAACUCAAAUAAUGAUCGGUGGCACUGGUUUCAUUGUUCCACCUCAGGGCCUAGGAGCUGGCAGCCAUGUUCUUCUCAUCUCUACAAAUCCUAAACUUGGGCCUCUGUUGACUGUUAAUAACGGCCAUGGUUUUCAAGGAGUACCCCAUGCCCCCUCUGGUCCCCUGAAGAGCACACAAGCAUCAAAUAAUACAUUGAGUUGGCAACCAUCCAGGCAACCUUUGAAAAGCUCUACCAAAAUUGUGAACUCUCUUGGGGCUGCAAACACUCUGCCUAUUGUACAUGCAACAUCACAGACAGUAAACAGUGUUGCAAAACCAUGCACUCCAUCUUCUGCAGCAGCACUGGCCCCAGCUUUGGUUACGACCACCUCACCCUCUGCUAUGGCUAAAACAUUUUUGGUUUCUACAACUGACACUGACAACUCCCAGGUACAAGGGAGAACAUCUGUACUGCAUUUAGACACAUCUAUCAAAAAACUGAUGGUCAGCCCAGAAGGAGCUAUUCUGAAUUCUAUAAAUACUCCGAUCUCAAAAACCUCCUCCCUCCCUUCAUCCUUCUCUCCUGACAUAGUGUCCACAACCAGAAAUCCUGCUGUUGUCUUCCCUAAUUUUCUUAAAUCCAGCAUUGGUGUACCUGACACAGCUGCAUCUUGAAUUUAAAGUAAUUGAGCCAAGUUAAAAUGUUGGGGCAUUCUUUUGUAUGUGAAAGUAAUUUAUAAUAGUUGAAAGUUUCCUUAUUCUGUUUGAAACAUACUGUGCUUGGAGGCUCAUGUACAUAAACUUAAGGCAAAUCCUAAGCACUUUUCAAUUUGAGCAGAUGGCAGCUCUCAGAUACAGGAUUUUUUUUUUUUUUGCAUGCCACCAUGCACAGAUCUGAAUCAAUUCAGAAUUCUGCAUGUGGCAACUUUAUCAUAUAUUUAGCUUGCUGUUGCAUGCUGAAAUGCAAAACUGCCACCAGCUGCCCAGGGUUUGUAGAUUUAAGGCCCAAGUUGAUUUGUUUUUAAAUUGCUUAUGUUAGAUUGAGACUGCCUUCAAGGGUUUUCUUGUUUUUUUAAAAAAGUGAGGAAAUUUCUCUCUAAAUACUUUUCAGACUUGUGCUUUCAAAAGGUUGUUUAAUAAAGUUAGUAAAGACCAGCUGUUAUGGCAUGUUAUAACAUGAAAUGUUUGAUUCUUGAUUAACACACUGACAGGGAUUUUUUUUCUCACAGUUUAGACUUUUCCAGUCUUGUUUAUUAACAGUAUAGUACAAUUUAUUACAAAAUUUCCUUUGCAUUGAAUUUUUUCUGUUUCUAAAAAAUAAGCCUAUUUAUACAUUGUAAAAAUGCAGCCCAUGGUGUAAAAUUGUACAUUUCCCCAACUCCCUAACUGUGUGUACUAAAAGAACUACUCUGUCUUAUUUAUGUUUUGUUUAUAUAAUGUAUAGUUUUUUAAGUAUUUUACUAAUUUUGGAUAAGUGUAUGGUUUAGCAAUAAUGCAGAAGAAUCUGCAUGUAAUAAACAAAAUUGCUGUAUUUCUGCUUUGUAUAAUGCUGUAUCACUGACCCUAAGGACAAAGGAAUAUUUAAGAGCACGAAGUUCAUUUGUCUGUGUGCAUUAAGAAAUUGAGAUACAGUAUUGGAGUUUGCAAAAAGACUGUAGUAUUAAGCACAUUAAAUUUACACAUUCCAUUAAACUAGUGGGAUUUACUUACAAGGCUGUUGUUUUUCAAGCCUUCAAUUUUUUGUAGCAGCUCUUCUCUGCAUCAUUUCUAACUUUUCUAAUGCUUAUAAGAUUACGGACACAUACAUUCCACUGUUGGUAUUCCCGUUACCAUGGGAUGUUGAAAAUCAUUUUUAUUGUCCAAAACAUUUGCUAAAUUUGAUGUGUUGAUUGGUUUAAUGAUACCAGCAAACAUGUAAAAGGAUAAUGAAGAUUUCACUGUUUUGUAUCUAACAGUCCUACAAGAUUGUCUUGGACAUUUUUAAAAAUGGGGUAUAAAUAUUUUAAAUAAAAUAAGACAGAGAAGCCAAAAUCUGAAGCAUGCAGCCUUUCUGGCAAAAAUAGGAGUGCGAUGUGCUCAAAUAGUUCUGAGCCAGAAGGAUUGGAGAGCUGGAAUUGUUUUAGGAAUUACUGAAAUCCAAAAUAGUUUCUUUUAUAUCAUAGGUCCUUGUAAUUGCGGAAAAAUAAUUUAACAGUACAUGGGAGAAUAAGGAUAGGAACUAAAUUGCCUAAUGGCCAUAUUAGAAUUAAGAAAAUGUUGUUUCUGAAUGAAGGAAUAUGAGAAGCAAAGACAAGAACGUUAACACAGUGUUUGUUUUUCUAUUUAUUUUUAAACAUUUUGGGCUGCAGGCUUUCAGCCAAAUAUAAAGUAUGUUAGCUGAGCUAGUGGAUGAACAAACCUGAGGUUUUUAACAAUUCAAGAAAUGAAGAAAUGUCAUCCCUGCUUACCCUGCUUCCUUAAUUUUUGCUUAGACAGAUUUUUAUUUUUGCAGGCAUAAACUGUUUUGCAGAAUGUAACUGUUGAAUUUUAACUGGACUGGUCUGAAUAGUUUCUUGUAACAGCUGGUUUUCUUAUCACCUCGAACUUCACACUAGUCAGUAAGAAAUUAGCUGCCAUUGGCUCUAGUGGCAGUGGAACUGUAGUUAGCAGACAUUCAUGUUGUCAUAGAUGACUGUCACUAUAUAACUGUAUUGUGGAAAAUCAAAAAUUAAAGAUGAAAAAUUCAUGAGAUGUUUAGAACCCCAUAGCGUGUGGUGGCCAUGACAGCUUUUUAAUGUAGGCAUGUUAAAUGUUUUGACUCUGUGGAUGGAGCAUGGCUGUGAAGCGUCUACACCAAUUUGGACCUGGACUUCUAAAUGUAUUGUCUGCUCUUCUUCGUCUCUACUCCUUGUUUAGUUUAUUAAACUUAACACCCCGCUCACUGGAUCUUGGAGAAUCUCAGAGAAGUGCCUUCGGUCUUGUUGUGGACUUUGGAAAGCAUUGGCAUGGUGCCUCUUGUCUUACUGUGCUCUACUGGUGACUUUGUUACAUGACAAGACUUGUACUGUUAUCCAGCUGUACUUGAGGUGGAACAGAAAGUGCUGCAAUUAGUCAACUGUCUGUAAUUAUAUCAGAAUGAGGAAGAAUCAACCUGACAGUCUGCAAAUGGAGUUGUGUUCUCUUUCAUCAACAUCCAGCCCCUUCAACUCUCUUGUAUUCUUUAACAAAGGGGAUACAAAAAGUUGCUGCAGAAGGGGAACAUUUUGGAUUCACGAUUGUGUUAACAUGCAGCAAACUUCUCUUGCCUGGUAAUUGCUAAGAACAUCUAUGGGAUUCAAUUACACCAGUGUUGUUUUUACCAUA